AUGACCAACGACGAUGCUGCCAAGGGCAAGCCAAACGCGACCGCGCGACUCGACCAGAUCCAGCAGCAAAUCUCAGGAAAGGCCAAUACUCGGCGUCAAAAGAAGUCCAAAGCAUCUGAAGGCCCAGCAGAUUGGUCUGAUGUACUGGCGGAGUUGGACCAAGUUCGGAAAUUCGCGCAAACCCCAAAGUCCAACACCACUGGUUACAUCCGUCACAAAGAGGCAGGAAAGCUAUGGGUGAGGGAGCGGGUUGAAAUGCUUCUCGACCCGGGGAGCUUUCGAGAAGUCGGGAGUGCUGCCGGCACAGCAACCUGGGUCAAGGCGAAUCCUUCAUCGGAUAAUAUCGUCGAGGCGCAGAAGGAGGUCAUUGCGGACUUUACCCCCAGCAACAAUGUCCAAGGCUUUGGGCACAUCCGGGGUCGACGAGUACUGUUGACAGCAGACGACUUCACUCUCCGUGCCGGACAUGCGGAUGGUGCUCUCCUGGCCAAGACGCUCUACAUGGAGAAGCUCGCGGUACAUAUGAAACUUCCGAUGAUCAAAUUGGUUGAUGGAUCUUCAGGCGGGGGGUCGAUAACAACAUACCGUGUCCAGCAAGCGACCUAUAUUCCUGAAUUGGAGUUGUUGCCAUGGGUUAUGAGGCAGUUAGACUUGGGCAUCCCGAAUUGCGCCGCGGUGGUCGGUCCAGCUGUUGGUCUGGGUGCCGCACGGGCAGCUGGAUGCCACUUCUCCGUCAUGGCAAAUGAUAUCGGCUCGCUCUUCAACGCCGGACCCAAGGUGGUCGAAGGAGCCACAUUCGAAGAAGACCUGAGUCCGAAGGAACUCGGCGGGGCGGAGAUUCACUGCUGCAACGGAGUCAUCGACAACUUGGCCGCAGACGAGCGUGGAUGUUAUGAUCAAAUAGCACAGUUCUUGCAAUACGUUCCAAAUCACGGUGGCGUACUACCGCCUGUCGUGCCUCCAACGGACGAUCCCAACAGACUGUGCACGGAACUGAGGGAGGCCAUCCCUAGAAGGCGACAACGUUCGUACGACGUCAGGUCGAUCAUCAACCAUCUCGUUGAUCGGGAAUCAUUUUUUGAGAUCGGACGACUAUGGGGCCGAACCGUUGUGGUCGGCUUAGCCCGCUUGGGUGGCAGACCUGUGGGCAUUUUCGCAGAUGACCCUCAAUUCAAUGCCGGAGCCAUGGAUACACCUGGCUGUCAGAAGCUCAUGAAGCACAUCAAACUCUGUGAUGUGAUGGGACUUCCCUUGAUCCAACUCUUGGACAUCCCAGGGUUUGCAAUUGGAACCGCGGCAGAGAGGAGCGCUUGCAUGAAAUGGGCCAUGGAGCUGUGCAAGGCCUACUUCGCCACAACGAUUCCCAUCUAUACCAUCAUCACUCGGCGAUGCUAUGGUAUCGGAGGAGCGAUUCUCGUUGAUAACCGCAAUCCCAACUGCCGCGUUGCAUGGCCAUCUGUAAACUGGGGAUCACUCCCGCUUGACGGCGGGAUUGAAGUCAACCACCGAGCCGAACUUCGCAGAGCCGGGGACAACUACAAACAGGUCUACAACCGGCUCGAGGCCGAGUACCUCAACCUCAUGAAUCCGGUUCGCACGGCGAACAACUUCGGCAUAGAGGAGAUUAUCGAUCCGGCAAUGACAAGGUCUCUGGCUUGUGAAUGGACCAAGCACAUGUGA